AUGUCAAAUAAACGCAAACACAAGACACUAGAUUUGAAUAAUAAAAUGGAGAUUUUAAAGAAGUUAGAUAGUGGAGAAAACAUGUGCAAAUUGGCAAAAGAAUAUGGUGUUGGGCGUGCUACUAUACACGAUCUUAAGAAAAAAAGGCAAAAGAUAGUAGACCACGUCAAGACAAUGGAAUCGGGGCCAGGAAAGCGUAAAACACUAAAAGUUGGCGAUUGUCCAAAGAUGGAAAACGCUCUUUACAUGUGGUUCUUGCAACGGCGUUCUAAACACACUCCUAUAUCUGGAGAAAUUCUGAAAACCAAAGCAAUCGAAUUUUAUAAAAAAAUUACCCACAAAGAUGAUUUUCGUGCCAGCGAUGGAUGGCUGGAUAAAUUUAAAAAGCGAUUUGAUAUCCGUCUCUUAACAGUAUCGGGUGAGAAAUUAUCAAGCGACGAAUCUGCAGUACAGCCAUUUAUCCAGCAUUUCAAAAACAAAGUAGAAGAACUGGGUCUUCUUCCUGAUCAAAUCUAUAACGCAGAUGAGAGUGGUCUGUUCUGGAGACUGUUGCCCAAUAAAACAUUCGUGUCUUCUACAGAAGCAAGUGCACCAGGUCGUAAAGUGAGUAAAGACAGAAUCACAUUCAUGCCGUGUUCAAAUGCUACUGGAACGCACAAAUUGGAUUUAUUAGUGAUUGGCAAAGCAAAAAAAUCCCAGAGCUUUCAAGAACAUUUGUCUGCCAGUCUGUUACAAGAACCAAAGUAG